AAAAAACGGAAAUCGCUAUAUUUAUCUUGUUAAAAAUCACAUGAUUUUCUAAACAUUAAAAAGUUUUUAUUUGUAGGCUCUAGAUCAGUUUUCUUGUUAGUCAUGGCUUAGAAUAGAAUAUGGAUACCAGUUAACCGAAAGAUGUCCACUGUAGGCUCUAUAGUUAAUCUUGUCAAUCUUUCAAGCUUUGUAUUGGCUUUGAUUAUUAUGUCUAGUGACUAUUUGGUUGUUAACGCUGAAGAAUGGAGUUACGAGAACACUGAUACAGGACCCAAACAUUGGAAGGAACAUUACCCUGACUGUGGAGGGUUAAUGCAAUCCCCAAUCAACAUUGAGUCGGAUAAAGUUCUGUAUGAUCAAAACUUGAAUUACUUUGAUUUAUCAAGUUAUUCUAUAACACGUGGAGUAAACAUGACCUUGGUUAAUAAAGGUCAUACAGCGGAAGUACAGUACACUGGAGAAGACAUGAUCCUAAAGGGAGGUAAUCUCCCUGAUGACUAUAAGCUUGUUCAGUUCCACUUCCACUGGGGUGAAGAUGACAUCAUGGGUUCUGAACAUUUAUUGAACGAUGAACGCUUUCCAAUGGAGAUGCACCUGGUGCAUUAUCAGAGUAAACUUUUCAAUUUCAGCAACGCCCUUUCGCACCCCUUCGGCCUAGCAGUGCUUGGGUUUCUAUUUGAGAUUUCUGCAGAAAAUAACACUCAGCUAGAUAGUCUUUUACAGCAUUUCUCGAAAAUUGAGGAGCCUGACAUCAAAGCUGAGAUUGAACCGUUCCCACCAACUCGGUUACUCUCUGGUAAUAAGGACAGACUUGACUUUUACCGUUAUUUUGGCAGUUUGACUACUCCUCCAUGCUACGAAUCGGUCAUCUGGUCAUUGUCCACUGAGUUUAUUCCAAUAAGCGUCCCGCAGAUGACUCUCUUCAGAACUCUGCAUAAUGAAAAGAAUGAACAUCUGGUCAAUGGCUAUAGACCCGUCCAGGCACUCAAUCAUCGCUUGGUGACCACCACUAGACGUCCCACUAUGCGUUGCGGGGUCCGAAGUUAUCAUAUGGAGACAAGCUUAUCAUUCAUCCUCUUGAUCGAUUUAGCGAUUGAACUUGUCACUUCACAAUAUAUGUAGCAGUCAGUGACAGUCUGACUUGUUGAAUGCCAUCUCUGGCAGGACAACACUGUUACAAUAGAGCUCAACCAUUUUAAAACAGAGAAUACCUUUCAUACAGUUCGCCACAGAGUUCGCCAAAGAAACAUUUACUUCUAUAGUGUUGCUGCUGUUGAACAUUCAUGAUUAUGCAUCGAUG